GACACAGCAGCAGUGGUACAACCAGAGGAUCACGUGCAUCGGCCACUUCUAUGCUGAGCAGGGCGUAAGGUACACAAAGCCUGAGAUUGUGCAGGGACUCGCCCCGCCUAUGAAGAUAGAGGACUUCAUGUCGGUAAGUAAUUGUCAAUGCGAUUCUAUGUACUGCGGCUAAUUUGCAAUUAUAUUGUUUGUUCUUCAAAUGAGUUUUGAUUUUGCAGGUUGUACCACAUUGAGCUGAUAAUAAUAAGAGGGCCGCCUUCAUGGAGUUGGUCAGGAAUUGGGUCGGCGAAAACCCCGAUUUCAAGGCCGUGAGCGACCGGAACAAGAUCAACCGCGGGCAUCAGGGAACACACACUGCGGGGAGCAGCAGCACCGAUCGCUAUCGGGACCGUCUGGGGAAGAAGCUCGGGAGGCAACUUGGUGAGAUGGAAGCGUGGGAGCACAUGAAGCUGGUGACGCCCGGUCCGAACGAGCCUGGCCCGCGCCUGCCAAGUACUUCGGCAAGGCCAAAGAGAACAAGGAAAAAUACUGCGAGGAGUACGCCAAGCUCCAUCCAGAGGUGGAGGACCCUAUGAGCGAGCCGGUCGAUGAGGUGGCGAUGAUGCUGGCGGGGUCCGGCCAGCCGCAUGGCCGUCCUACCUGCCUUGCUAGGGGUUUCAAGCCUGAGAGGAACUUCACGCAGUUCAAGGCUACC